UAAAUCUUGUAAAUUUUCUACUUUCCCAUAUUUUUCUGAUCUUUCGCUUUAAGAGAGGCUUUAACUGUUUUUAUUUUUAAUUUUUAUAAUAAUAGCUGUAAUAAAACUUUAUGGUGUCAGCAUCCUUCACGCUGCAGCCUCCCGUCCUGCGCAUGCGCCGAGGCUGUCACGACUCCUCUCAGUCUGCGGCUGCUGCAGGUGGAAACAUGGCGAUGAAGGCGCUCCGCGGGAUGGUCAACGGGGCCAUGAGCGAGAUCUCUUCCGCCGUCAGCGGCUCCAGGCCGGCGGCCAGCGGCCCGCCGUCCUCCGCCGCCGCCCGGGAGCAUGUGAUGUCCGUGAGCCGGGAUUACAUCUCCCAGCCCCGCCUCACAUAUAAAACCGUGUCCGGAGUCAACGGGCCGCUGGUGAUCCUGGAUCAGGUCAAGUUUCCUCGCUACGCAGAGAUCGUCCAUCUGACGCUGCCAGACGGAACCAAGAGGAGCGGACAGGUGCUGGAGGUCACCGGCUCCAAAGCUGUGGUGCAGGUGUUCGAGGGAACUUCAGGUAUCGACGCCAAGAAGACGAGCUGUGAGUUCACAGGAGACAUCCUAAGGACACCUGUCUCCGAGGACAUGCUGGGCCGUGUGUUUAAUGGAUCUGGUAAACCCAUCGACAGGGGACCAGCCGUCCUGGCUGAAGACUUCCUGGACAUCAUGGGUCAGCCGAUAAACCCUCAGUGCCGUAUUUACCCCGAGGAGAUGAUCCAGACGGGAAUCUCUGCCAUCGACGGAAUGAACAGCAUCGCAAGAGGACAGAAAAUACCAAUAUUCUCUGCUGCAGGACUACCACACAACGAGAUCGCAGCUCAGAUCUGUCGGCAGGCCGGACUGGUGAAGAAGUCCAAGGACGUGAUGGACUACAGCGAGGACAACUUCGCCAUCGUGUUCGCCGCCAUGGGGGUGAACAUGGAGACGGCCCGGUUUUUUAAGUCGGACUUUGAGGAGAACGGUUCCAUGGACAACGUCUGUUUGUUCCUCAACCUCGCCAACGACCCCACCAUCGAGCGGAUCAUCACGCCGCGCCUGGCUCUGACAUCAGCCGAGUAUCUGGCCUAUCAGUGUGAGAAACACGUCCUCGUCAUCCUCACCGACAUGAGCUCGUAUGCCGAGGCUCUCCGAGAGGUGUCUGCAGCCAGAGAGGAGGUGCCGGGCCGCCGCGGCUUCCCCGGAUACAUGUACACCGACCUCGCCACCAUCUACGAACGGGCCGGCAGAGUGGAGGGACGCAACGGAUCCAUCACCCAGAUCCCCAUCCUCACCAUGCCCAACGACGACAUCACUCAUCCAAUCCCCGACCUGACGGGUUACAUCACCGAGGGACAGAUCUACGUGGACAGACAGCUGCACAACAGACAGAUCUAUCCUCCCAUCAACGUGCUGCCGUCUCUGUCUCGUCUCAUGAAGUCGGCCAUCGGCGAGGGGAUGACCCGCAGAGACCACUCCGACGUGUCCAACCAGCUCUAUGCGUGUUAUGCCAUUGGGAAGGACGUGCAGGCGAUGAAGGCGGUGGUGGGCGAGGAGGCUCUGACAGCUGACGACCUGCUCUAUCUGGAGUUUCUCACCAAGUUUGAGAAAAACUUCAUCGCCCAAGGUGCCUAUGAGAACAGGAGUGUGUUUGAGACUCUGGACGUCGGCUGGCAGCUGAUGAGGAUUUUCCCCAAAGAGAUGCUGAAGCGGAUCCCUCAAAGCACGCUGGCCGAGUUUUACCCCCGAGAGGCCAAACGCUAACCCCCGCCGCCCGGCCCCGCCCAGACCGGCCCCUCCAGGCCCCGCCCCCUUCACUCCGCCGCUUCCAUCAGUGCAGUGUGAUUAAACAUUCCUGCUUCCACACACAGAAUCACACACAGCUGUUUGUUGGUGUUCAGGUGCUGAUGGCGGUGACAUCAUGAUGUGCCUGUAGUCAGCCAAUGAUACAAAGACAGAGAAAAAACAUUUCAAUUACUUCCACAAUCCAAAAAUUACUUCCACAAGUUUUUCAGACCUUCAUGUCUUAACUCUGACUUUGAAAUCACAGUAAAGUCUGAUAAAUAAAACAUCUUUCCUAAAGUUAACAAUCUUAGAAAAGGAAUAAUGCUUCAGUUUUGGUUGAUUAUUCCCUUUCCCCUUCCAGCGAUUUAUCUUUUUAUUUUUAUGGAUGAAACAAACGAGGUAUAACGUGUUAAUGUGAGAGAUUCUGAGCUGCUGGUCAGGAGAUUUUGUCGCCUUUGGACAGAGUCAUGCUAGCUGUUUCCCCUUGUUCCCAGUCUUUAUGCUAAGCUAAGCUAACUGGUGUAUUUUCCAGAAUCUCAAAUUCUUCAUUGAAGUUUUUGAAGUUGCACUAUGGAGAAAUGUUUCUUGAAAAACUGAAUGUUAACUGAAUUUUUUUGUUUUUUGACGAGAAGAAAGAGUGAAUCUUUAAAGCAACAUUAUGCA